AUGGAUUCCCUCUUUUGGGACAGAAAGAACGGCUUAAAUAAGAGCGACCAGCUUCUUCCAGCAUCCAUCCGGCUCUCCAUCAUGCUCCUCUCCACGCUCGUUCUGGCGGCAUCGUGUGUGCUGAUAACUUCAGCUAGCGCCCAGAAGCUUCGCGUUGUGGCGUGUGAAGGAUCAGUGGCUCAGCUGAAGUGUGACAAAGAUGAGGUUAUAUCUGUGACCAGUGCUGCAUACGGACGUAGAGACCAGAAGACGUGCGCCGCUGGACGACCCGCCAACCAGAUAGUCAAUGUUCGAUGUUCCCGGAGCUUCGGCAUCAAUCCAUUCAAUAUCUUACCAAAACCAUUGCAUCUACACAAGCACUUUCGGAAGUUAGUUCCCAUCUUUGAUUGUCAAGGAAAAGGCAGCAGCUCAAAUAAAGUUGCUGAGAACUGCAACGGGAAGCAGAGCUGUUCUAUCACAGCAGCAAACUCUGUGUUUGGAGAUCCCUGCGUCAGAACCUACAAAUACCUGGAGGUGGAUUACACAUGUGAAAACCCUGAAGGAAAACCUGAGAGUGGUUCCACUGUGGCAUGUGAGAGAUCAGUGGCUCAGCUGAAGUGUGGUAAGAUCACUGGUUUUACUGGUGGGUUCUGGAGCAUUACACCAGGAAAAUGUCUCUCCAGCGUUUCCUCUUCUCUUUGUCAGAGACCAGAAGACCAGAUAGCCAACGUUCGAUGCUCCUCUGGGAACUCAGACAGAGUUGGCCAGAGCUGCAACGGGAAGCAGAGCUGUUCUAUCACAGCAGCAAACUCUGUGUUUGGAGAUCCCUGCGUCCGAACCUACAAAUACCUGGAGGUGGAUUAUAUUUGUUACGCUUGCCUGACUGGGUGAAACCGUCAUCAGGUCUCCUGUGUUCUGGAUGAAAUUCAUAAAAAUCAGGAAUAUCUAUAGCAUUGAUUAGCAGCUUAAUGUCUCCAAAUUAAAAUACUUUACUGGUGCCAAAGGGAAAUUAUCAACUCUUCUGUAUCUUAAUGCU